AUGAAGAAGGAAACAAAAUCGACGAUGCGCUCGUUGGUGAACAUCGGCUCCGAAGUUUAUGUCCAAGCGAAAGCGGAAGACCGCAGUCAUAUAUUCGUGAAUAUUGGAAUGGGCUUCCAUGUCGAGUUCACGCUCGAUGAGGCAUUGGACUUUAUCGAUAAGAAAUUAGCCAAAUUAAAGACAGAUGUGGUUCUCAAAAACGCAGAUGUGGAACGCGAAAAGCAGAACUAUUACAGUGUUGGUCUUGCGUGCAGAUCGGUUCAUUCGUAG